AUGAAUCACCCUCAUGCUCUCCUCGUCUGUAUCGAAGUGCUCCUUGUGACCUUUUGUGGUGGUGAGGUGAUCAGGUUGAAGAUAUCCGCACAGCAAACUGAACGCUGGGCGCCUUGGAGACGCAUCGUGACUCCUUUGAAGGUCGACACUCAAGAUCUUUACGCCGUCGUGGAUACUGGGAGCCCGUACACUCAGUUGAUAUGGAAAACUUGGUACGACACCCUCUCUGGCGGCCGGUGCGAUGAGCUUUUCUACAAGUGCUAUGAAUGCGACCCAGCGACUUACGAGUUGAACGCUGCCAAGAAAAUCAGGUUUAUUGACAAAACUUCGCUGACAAUAUUCCCAUUCUCUGGGGACUUUUACUUCUACGGUGCGACUGCCUGGGACAUGGACUUCGGAGUGGUGAAGGAUUCCUCACACGGUGCCUGGGCAGCCCUCGGCCUCGGACCACAGGUCACCAACCCGCCGUUUCCGCGCUUUGUUGAUCAGCUAGUGUCAGCGGAAAUCGUCGAUAGUUCAGUUUUUUCGGUUUACUUAUCGUCUGGGAGCCCCUUCUCAGGCGAACUUAUUAUUGGUGGUGACGAUGCUAGUAAAUAUGAUGGUCCCCUGGAGUAUAUUGCUAUUACAGACGAACAUCACCACACCAGUGAACUACAAGCAUUCGCCAUAGGAUCUAAGCGGCGAGAAGAGUCCGGGCCAGUUGUCUUUGACACAGGUUCCUCCUUUAUAAGUAUCCCUAAGCGGCUUCGUGAAGAGGUCAUAGGUCUCCUUGGUACCGCCGGCAGGAAGAAGGUCGAGUUUAUGGUGAAAGGCGACGACUACGGUGUCGACUGCAAAGAUGUCAGCUUCUUGCCGUCGAUGAGGUUCACUGUGAGAGGAAUACCUGAUAAAGCCGAUGUUACGCUUGAGAUACCUCCUAAAGCAUACAUCGUUUCACCCGAGCCUGACGUAUGUAUCUUGACCAUUAGUUUCGAUGAAGGGUGGAUUUUGGGGUUACCAACAUUUGUCGGCCACUACUACUCCUUCGACUGGGCUCGAGCUACUAUAGGUGUCGCCAAGCUUAAGGAAUGA